AUGACUGAUUUUUUAACCUCCUCAAUCUAUGAUACAUCGGAUUCGGAAAUAAUUAAGACGACCCAGGCAAAAUCAAAGGACACGAGAAGCCGACCUGGCAAAAGCCAGGUAACGGUUAGGAGGGAGGGACUCAGGAGCACAAGGCUCCUAGAGACGAAGAAGGCGGAUGAGACCGACAAUAGCGACAGAUCUCGAUCGCCCAUCAAGGUCGACGACUCAACGCCAUUCGCCACCUCAAAGGAGGAGGAUUCCGAUGACGGUGAUGAAGUCACCAUAAAAAAGGAAGGGAAAUGGGAAAUCCCCAGAGACGAGGAUGGCAAUACGGACGAGGAGCGUCUAGUAGAGAAGGUCACCAGAGGCAGGGGCAGGCCAGAAACGACAGGGGGAUACCGCCUCAAGAAGGAGUUUAUGACAAGGAAACUUGCCAUAAUGGAGCAAAAAAGAGAGGAAACUCUUCUGAAAGGAUUAGAGAAUCCUAUGGAGGAGUUUCAAGAUUGCACCUCCAACAGGAAAUACAAGGCGGAGAUUAAAAGGCUAACUGAACACCUGGAGGAGGCUCCCUUCCGUGACAUAACAGCGACAAUUCUGGAAGCGUCUGCCAAAGUCCUCGGUUUUUCGCAGAAUUCGAAAAGCCUAAAGGGAACCCAUGUAAAGGUCCUCAGGGACGCUGCUGCAGCAAUAACAGCAGGAGCAAAUGUCCUGGCCAUGCAAAUGGCACAGAACAAAUGCGGAGGCAAUUUGGACCUAAUAGAAGAACUGCGGACGGAAAAUGUAGGUCUGAAGACGUCGCUGAACGAGGUCAGGAAAGAACUAGAGGAGGUAAAGGAAAUGCUUCGAGGUAUAAGGGAGGCACCGCUGCAAGUAGCGGUAUCCUCCCCGCCCUCGAAGCAGCCAGGAAACGCGGACCAGAGUGUAAAGAAAGCACAACAACACAUGGCGGGUGCUCCCUCGCCUCUGGUCCGCGUAGAGAAGGAAAGGGCGAUCACCCCACCUAUGGUGGACAUGAUGGAGGAGGAGGAGAUACCAGUUGAGGUAAUAGAAGUCCAGAAAGGUCUGAUCCCGAGGGAAAAGAGACGCCCGAUAAAGGAAGCCAGGGUCGCAAAGGCAGUAGAGGCAGGCCCCAAGAUAAGGGAGGAUAUCCUACUCAACAAAAAAGUAAGGCUAGAAAGGAAGAAGGAAGAGCCAACGAAGAAAGGGCUAGAAGAAGAAGUAUCCAAAAUGGUGCUUAAAGCCCUAAAUAAGUGGUCAACGCAGGAGAAGGAAACUCCCAAACGAGGGGCCGGGAAGGGCAACAAAGAAAGUAAAGGAAAAGGAAUGGAGAAAGAGUCGGUACCACACGGAGGAAAGAAUUACAUGCAGGAGUACCCUCAGUUGCCACCCACAAGAGAACAAAGGAGAGAGCAUCAGGAGCAAAUUGAAAAGGAAAGAGCACCUACACCACAGGGAGAAAAAUGGUCCAAAGUAAUAGGUAGGAGAGAGAAGAAGAAAGAGAAAGAAGAAAAGAAAAGGCAGGAAAUAAGAAAAGUGGUUAAAACAGAAAGGAAGGAGGAGAAAAAGGUGAAGAGAAGAGUCCCCAAUACUGCGGCGGUAACAGUAACCGCUGAACGGGGACAAUACAAAGACCUUUUAGCGGAGGCGAAAAGGAAAGUCGAUCUAACCGGAAUUGGGAUCGAAAAAAUCAAGACCAGAGUGGGGGCUACCGGAGCCCUGAUACUCGAGAUACCGGGAGAGGAAAGGGGAAAACAGGCGGACUUACUGGCGGAAAAACUAAAGGAGGUUUUGACUGACAGAGCAAAAGUCAGUAGGCCGCAAAAGAUGGGAGAGCUGCGAAUUAAAGGGAUGGAGAUUUCAACCACGGAGAAUGAAGCAGCGGAGGUAGUGGCCAGAGUGGGAGGAUGUAGAGUAGGAGAGGUCAAGACCGGAAAAAUGAGGGAGGCGUGGAAUACAUAUAGAACCUAUGGGUACAAUGCCCCCUCGCGGCGGCGAAGAAAGUUGCCGAAUUAG